GUUUGCGAGCGGGAAGGCGGUGGCGGCAGCUGCCUGAGCCCGCGGGUGAGGUUUUCAAGAUGUCUGGCCAGAGAAAAUGCCCUGAUUGUGGUUCCUCUGAAAUUGUGGAGGAUGCACAUUAUGCUCAGAACCAACUGGUGUGUGCCGACUGUGGGUUUAUCCACACCGAGGGGCUCUUGACAACUACUUUCCAAGAUGAACAACAUUGACAAAAAGUGACGUAUUCACGGAGUACCGGUCAGAAUGAGCAGCUGAGCCGCUGUAAGCUACGAGGGAUCAAGCGUGUCCAGGAUCUCUGCAAAGUCCUCUAUCUCCCAGCUGUGUUUGAAGACACAGCCCUGUCCUAUUUCCAGCGAGCAAUUGAACACCCCUCCUUCCAUUUAGUGAGCUUGGAGAAGAAGGAGAUUCUGGUAGGCUGCUGUGUCUUUGUGACCUGCCGGCAGCACAACUGGCCACUGACCAUGGCUACUAUCUGCUCCCUACUCUACGCAGACAAGGAGUUGUUUGCCAGCGUCUGCCUGUGCAUCCUGAAAGAGCUUGAACUGGAUGUGCCAGCCCUGAGCCUGACGGAUCUGGUGAAAACACACCUUAACAGUUUCAAGCUGUUCCAGAGUUCAGCCAGCGUCCCUGCUAAAUUUGCUGAGGACAAGGAAAAGAUGGUUGCCUGAACGAUCCAGAUUCAUGAUCCAACAUAAUCAUGGCUAUCAUUGACACCUUCUUCCGCCGACACUGAAUUUUCCAGGCUGGUAACUCCCUAACCAUUCAUUCAUCAUUUAAA